AUGUCGGCAGAACUCGCAUCGAUCAAGCGUCAAUUGACGAUCAAGACUGGUGAAGAAUCAUCGUACCUCGUUGAAGCGAAACAACAGGAAACACGCAUUGCCCAAUUCAUCGAUGCCGGACGCGACGAGUACGAUGUCAAGCAACAGAGAUCCGUCCUGGCAGAUACACUCAAGAUGAUACCCGAUUGUCGAAAGCGUUUGCAACUUGCCACCGACGAGCUGCUCAACUACGUUCAAGGUCUGCAAGAUUCACCCCAAGUCAACGAAUCAUCCGAACUCGUCGCAGCAAAACAACUCUUGACAGAGACUCAAGCUCAAUUGGACUCACCGUUGCCUGUUGUAUAA